AUGACCAACCAAACCUCACCCGUCUUGGACUCGGCGUUUGGUCGGAAACGAAAAGAAGGGAAAGUGACGCUAGUGAAUGAUGUGGACGAUAAGCCGAAUAUAUUCCGACGCGCCAACCCGAACCAAGGACCCGGCAACAAGGAGCUGCUUGAACGUUACCGGGCUCGGAAGUGGCGCGCUGGUGGCUCUCGUUCGCUGCUACAUGCCAAUUGCUCAAAAAGUCGUGUCAAGUCGCUCAACAAAUCGAAAGAUCAGCAAUCGAACAACUCGCCCGACAAAAAGUCAAAGUCAAGGGCAAUGGAAAAGUCGAAGGAACGACAAGUCGCUCUAAGAAGAGCGAGGAGGAGAUCAAGGGAGAAACUAUCAAAACCGAAGAAAGGGCACGUACUGAGCCUUGAAAAGGAGAAGCAUUCGCGUGCAGAACUCCUGCAAACGACGAAGAGGCGCCAUCCACGAGAGCCAGCGAAAGGGAUUGUUGAGCAUCGCCGAAAAGAUGAUGGAUCCCACGAUCGUUAUCUGCGUGAAGACAAAGAAAACUACAACAAAAGGCAACAAUCACAAAUGAGCGGAAAUCGAUCCGGCCAAAAAAGCAAUGCAUCUCCGAACAACAAUCCCGACAAACGAGAUCGUUACAAGUUCAAACCCAAAAUGACUGCUGCAGGAUCUGGAAGAACGCCGACAACAACGUCUUCUCAUGCGAAGAAACGACCAUAUUUGCAUCCAGAAUACAUGCAACAAACAGCACCAAAAUUGACGCACAACUCUCCGCCGAAAGCGGAGAAACAGUCAUCACCGGAAGCCGUGACCCCAAUAUUUGAACCACCAGAUACACAACACAAACACAAAAGAGUCGGCGAGAAGGAGCUGAAUUUGAAGAAAAAGAAGAAAUUAUUUAUCGAACCGGGCACUCCAAUUAAUUCACCACAUUCUCGAUCAAAAUGCAAGCCACCCAGAGCGAAGAUGCUCGAAAUUUCCCCGGAUCCAAAAGAAAAGAAGAAACACAGGAAGAGAGUUAACUAUGUGGAGUCGGUGACCGAUGCACUGGCUAAGAAAACUGCAGAUCAGAGUCCACAAUCGUCAAAGAAGAAACCAAUAAAAGGCAGGUAUUGCAUGGGGCCCACACAAUCAUCGCGUCUCAUUUCGUCAUCACGUCACCGUCCGAAGGAGAAAGAUGGGAAGCAAAAGCGGGUUCUUGAGGAGAUCAAGGAGUCGAUUCGGCAUGCCAAAAAGUCGGAAAAAGACCCAGUUAAUGAGGUUUUUGUUAGUUUUAUAAAUUCCUCUCUGAUGCAAGAACACGUGAAGAAACCAUCUGCUGGAAAGAUCCUAGAACCAAAGAAAGUCAAGCCACGAGUUGGCAGCGCUAAUGAAGAAGUAACCGCCACUCCGCAAGUUGUUGCACGAGGAAGCAAAGAGAAUCAAAGCACGAAAUUAAGGGAAAUUCAUGAAUACUGGCGACAAUUCUACCCGCUUGAUGAAACGCAGAGCGUGUCGGCACCCCGCGCGCGACAGGACGAUUCCCGGGAACAGUUAAAGACGGGAUCUACACAGAAAAAGCGCUACAUAUCUCCGCCACCGCCUCUGCCUCGACCAGAAGAGAAGCUGCGCGUGAACGUUGAUGAGCUUCUCAACCUUGGUCGAAAUCUUGAAAAACACGGAGUGCGACCGGAUAAGAAGAAAGCGUUUGGGUGGCUGGCGCUAAACCGAGACAAAGACAAAGAGCAGGGUCGAGAAUUUGCGGAAAAUGUGGCGAUGGCUAUCGGGGAUCUCGUCAUUUCAGAGCAAAUGUACAAGGAUGUCCUGGAGGAGUUGAUCAACUAUUCGAUUCUCGAGCCCGAAGAGGCCGCUCAACUUUUUGCUACGUUGUCAAUUCUAGAGGAUGUUACAAUUGGUCGAUUCGCAUGCCUUCUCCGCUCGGCGGCCGCCUCGUAUGCGAAA